AUGGGCCACACCGAUGGAAGCUCAGUCAUUGGCAUCGCCAAAAUCUGGUGCUUCCUUCUAUUCACCUUUGCUGCGACUCUUGUGUUUGUGCCAAAGAAUGCAACUCUCCUUCGUGUUGGAGCAACUCUAGCCCUGGGCUACCUCCAGUACAGCUUCUACAUAGCGGUCUUGGAUACGUCUAUUACCGCCGCCCAGAAAUCCAAUAUCUGUCUCCUCAGUUGGGGCUUCUUUACUAGCAGCGCGGAGCAGAUCCUCAUUUCGCAAAUUCAUACCGUCGAUUUAUUCACUAAGACGGAAAAGGACGGCGUUAAUCACGUCAGCACUGUGGCGCUUCUUUUUCGGGCUGCAGGUAUGUAUUUCAAUCUGCGGCGUUUUGGGGUACGAGGCGAGACCUCAAUGAUUCACCGACGCGCAAUAACACGAGCUCGUCUCGUAUAUACCAAGGUCGCCGAGAUUUUCAUCUUGUAUCUAAUUAUGGAUGCGGCGAUGAGCGGACCACCUCCAGAGACCCAUCUAAUCACGAGAGAAAAACAAACGCUUUUCAGGCUAUCGAAUUUAUCAUUAGAGGAUUUGCUAUUUCGAUUCUUCAGCACACUUGGGUACUGGUUGGUAACAUUCGUCUGCAACCGACUCAAUCAUGCUUGCGCAGUUGUCGUAUCCCUCGUGAUUGGCUUGAGCCACCCAGAAGACUGGCCGCAUCUUAAUGGGCCAAUAAGCGCCUGUUACACUGUUCGUGGUUUCUGGGGAAAGUUCUGGCAUCAGCUUUACCGCAAGACAUUCACAGGUCUGGGAGAUUUUCUUCCAGACAAAACUUUUUGCCUUAGUCGUGGCACUCUCCUCUCGCGAUAUACACGCCUUUUUCUUACUUUCCUGGUGUCCGGCCUCAUGCAUCACUGCAUGGGUCGCUUGUAUUCUUUUGCCGCCGAUGAGGCUUUUGUUAGUGAAAAGUUCUAUGCCCUGCAGGCCGUCGGGAUUGCGUUCGAAGACGCCGUGCAAGCAGUGACUGCGGACGUUCCUCUCCCGAUGUCAGUCCGCCGAGUAGUAGGGUAUAUAUGGGUUCUGAUGUUUCUAUCGUGGUCGACACCGACAUGUUCAUAUCCCUCAAUGCGCGCGGGAGAUAUUGGACAAAUGGUCCCUUUCCGAGUGAUAGGCCAUUUGAUACAGUCUUAG